UAAUGUUCCAACUUAAAGCUAGUUUUUCACCCCGUGGAGACCAACCUAAUGCUAUUAAGGAAUUAGUUAACGGCAUUCAAAAAGAACAAAAAGAGCAAGUUCUUUUAGGAGCCACGGGCACCGGUAAAACAUUUACUAUGGCCAAUGUUAUUCAAGCAACCCAAAAGCCUACUUUAAUUCUUGCUCAUAAUAAAACCUUAGCCAUGCAGAUUUACCAAGAAAUGCAAGGAUUUUUCCCCCAUAAUAAAGUAGAAUAUUAUGUUUCUUACUUUGAUUUUUUUCAACCGGAAGCUUAUAAGCCGGCUGGUAAUAUUUAUAUUGGCAAAAAAGUCCAGCGGAAUACGGGCAUUGCCAAAAUGCGGUUAAAAACUCUCAACUCCCUGAUUACCGAAAAAAAGGUUAUUGUAGUAGCUUCAGUGGCAGCUAUUUAUGGCUGUUUUAACCCCACUUCUUACCGCAAAGUGGUUAUUCACUUGGAAAAAGGGCAACAAAUAGAUAAAGGUUUAAUUAAAGAUAAAUUGCUGCUCCUAGGAUAUAAAGACAAUAAGAAAAUUAAUCCGGGAAAAUUUCAAAUAAAAACUGAGAUCCAAAAAAUCGAAAAAAGGAAUAAUCACACGGGAGAAAAAGUCCGAGAAUCAGUAAAAAUUGCUAUUCCGCCUAGUCAGGAUUAUGUGGGAGAAGAAGGAGAAGAAUUAGCGGAAAUUUUAGCCAAAAUUAAGCAAGAAUUAGCGGAACAAAAAGAAAAUUUUUACCAGGGAAGGAAAUUUUUAGAAGCUGAAAGAUUAGAAAAAAGAGUACAGGAUGAUUUAAAAGAUUUAAAAGAUAGGGGUUUUUGUCCGGGUAUUGAAAAUUACGCUCGUUAUUUUGACGGGAGAAAAGAAGGUGAAACCCCUUUUACUUUAUUGGAUUACUUUCCAAGCGGAUUUUUAACUAUUAUUGAUGAAUCCCACAUUACUAUUCCCCAAGUAAAAGCCAUGUAUAAUACCAAUCGGAAACGGUUAGAAACCUUAAUAAAUCACGGUUGGCGCUUGCCUUCGGCUCUGGAUAAUCGACCCUUAAAUCAAGAAGAAUUUUUCCGCAAAGUUAAUUAUAUUCUUUAUGUUUCCGCCACGCCGGGCAAUUUUGAGUUAGAGAAAGUAAAUUAUCAACCGACCGAACAAAUUAUUCGCCCCACGGGUCUGCUGGACCCAGCAUUAGAAGUUCGCAAUUCCGUUAAUCAAUUUGCCGACAUUAUGCGGGAAAUCGAAAUAAGGAUUAGUCAGGGAGAAAGAGUGCUUAUUUAUGCUUUAACCAUUGCUAUGUCCGAAGAUAUUGCCAGUUACCUUCAAGAAAGAUUUAAUCAGCGGGUUGUAUAUUUGCAUAGCCGGUUAGAAAUUUUUGAUAGAUAUCAGAGAAUUAAUAGUUUACGACGGGGGUUUUUUGACGUGAUAGUAGGGAUUAAUUUACUGAAAGAGGGGAUAGACUUACCAGAAGUUUCCUUAGUUUGCAUUCUAGACGCUGAUAAGCCAGGAUUUUUGCGGGAUACUCGUUCUUUAAUUCAAAUAAUUGGACGAGCUUCUCGUAAUAGUCAGGGUAAGGUUAUCCUUUAUGCUGACGAAAUUACUGCUAAUAUGCAUGGAGCCAUCGAAGAAACUGACCGACGGCGAAAAAUCCAAACUGAGUAUAAUCGAAAAAAAAUGAUUACUCCCCAAACUGUUCACAAGCCAGUCAAAGAUAUAGUAUUAGACCCUUCCAUAGCCAUUUUAUUGGCGAAAGCACAAAGUGGGAAAAUGAACAAAAAAGAGUUAGCCAAAUUAAUUAAAAACUUACAAAGAGGGAUGAAAAAAACUACGCGGGAAUUUAAGUUUGACCAUGCUAUUGCUUUUCGGAAUGCUCUGGCAAGUUUAGAAAAAAGUGCAGGAGAAUUAACUAGCAAAUUAAAGAGAGAAAAUAAGUUGGUUUCAAGUAUUACCGACUUUCGUGAUUUGACGGGCGGUGUGUACAAGACUCGAGAACGUAUUCACCGCCACAUGGCUGAUUGGCGAUUACUAGCAAUUCCGACUUCAUGGAGGCGAGUUGCAGCCUCCAAUCCGAACUGA